AUGGAUCGAGUAAAUCUCAGUCUGGUGAUGGAGUUCAUCCAUGGUGGAGAGUUGUCCGACUACCUCAACGACAUGAGUGAGCAAUGGGAAAAAGAAGCUCGCUUUUGGAAUUCGAAUAAGGUCAAAUCCUCGCGAAAAAAGAGCAGGGACUGUCAAAUCGCAGAAUGGCGCGAGAUUUGGGUCGAUGUCACACAGCUUUGGACAAUUCCGUCAAAGUCCAUAAGCCUAUGA